AUGGAGCUACAACAUUUUCCCCUCUUUCUUGCCCCUUUUCUCACCAUAUUGCUUCUCAUUUUCACUGUGAAGUUAUUAUUCAAGAAAAUACUAGCAAAAAAACCAACUCUAAACUUGCCUCCAGGUCCAUGGAAAUUGCCUUUCAUAGGAAGCAUUCACCAUUUAAUUGCAAGCCAAUUACCUCACCAUACCCUUAGAGACUUGGCCAAAAAACAUGGCCCCUUAAUGCACUUGCACCUCGGUGAGAUCCCUACGAUUGUUAUUUCGAGUCCUCGUGUAGCCCAAGAGGUAUUAAAAACUCAUGAUAUAGCAUUCACAAAUCGUCCUGAGCUUUUAAGUGUCAAGGUUUUGACAUACAACUGUUCAGACAUUGCGUUUGCACCUUAUGGAAAUUACUGGAGACAAAUGCGAAAACUAUGCACGUUGGAACUAUUGAGUGCAAAGAAUGUUGUAUCAUUUGCCUCUAUUAGGGAGGAAGAAGCAUUCAAUCUUGUUCAAGACGUUGAAUCAAAAUCUGGAUCAAUUAUUAAUCUUACAGAAAAGAUAUAUGCUCUCACAAAUGCAGUAAUUUGUAGAGCAGCUUUUGGGAAGAGGAGAAAAGAAGAAUCAGCAUAUUUCAUGUCUUUGAUUAAGGAAUUAUCAUUAAUGAUAACAGGUUUGGACAUAAGUGAGGUGUUUCCUUCACUCAAGUUUCUGCAAGUCAUUACUGGGACUAAAGAAAAAUUAUUGAAGCUUCACAAAAAGUUUGAUAAUGUGCUUGACAUGAUAAUAGAGGAGCACAAGCAGAAGCUGCAGCAAAAGUAUGAGUCAUCAAGAAAAAACAAUUUGGUUAAUUUGCUAUUAAAGCUCCAAGAAAGUGGCACUCUUGAUUUUUCCUUCACUACAGAUAAUAUCAAAGCAGUCAUACUGGACAUGUUUUUAGCAGGAACUGAAACUUCAGCAACCGUUCUUGAUUGGGCAAUGGUUGAAAUGAUGAGAAAUCCCAAAGUUAUGGAAAAGGCACAAACAGAAUUGAAAAGAAUCCUCAAAGGAAAAAACAGAGUAACAGAGAGUGAUUUGAAAGAAGUUAGCUACCUAAAAUUAGUAAUUAAGGAAACUCUGAGGUUACAUCCACCACUUCCUUUGUUACUUCCAAGAGAAUGCAGGGAGCAAUGUGUAAUUAAUGGAUAUCAUGACAUACCUAUUAAAACUAAAGUAAUAGUGAAUGCUUGGGCAAUUAACAGAGAUGCUGAAUUUUGGGAAAAUGCUGAAAGUUUUUCACCAGAGAGGUUCAUAAAUUGUGGUAAUAAUUUGGAAUUUAUCGGACAGAAUUUUGAGUAUUUACCAUUUGGCGGAGGAAGAAGAAUGUGCCCUGGAAUUUCAUUUGGUUUAUCAAAUGUUGAGCUUCCAUUAGCUCAACUUAUUUACCAUUUCAACUGGAAGCUGCCUAAUGGGAUGAAGCCUGAAGAUGUUGAUGUUACUGAAACUCCUGGUUCUAGCUGUAGUAGAAAAUAUAAUUUGUGUGUUAUUGCUACCUCUAAUGAUCAUGGAGUAUGA